AUGGAAAAGCGCGACCGAAAUCCUUCUUUUGUGCUCCACAGAAAGGAAAUCCUACAGGUUCAGAACAACAUAAGGGAUCUGCUGACAUGGACCAAAGACAAAUCAGAGGUGGAGAUUGUUGACCUCAUCCUGAAGCUUCGGGAGAAACUGAUGAGAGCUCGAAAACACCAGCUUCCGGUGAAAGAAGAACUUCUAGUGAGAUUAGAGCAGUCCAUCCAGACCAUCAUCAGCUCCUUGCCAGAGGAUCUACAGACAUUAUUACACAGACAAUGACAAUCAGACCCACGUGAACAACACUGACCAGCAGAUCCACUGAUACAUACAUAGACUGUCUGUCUAGAAUAUACCAGCUAUAUAUGAACCCAUAACACCCGCACAGCUAUCAACCCAGGUAAACCCAUACACUACCUGAGAGGCCUUUCAUUUUGGAUGUACAGUACUGGAGAGAAACAACAGAUACUGCUGCUAUAUGAGGUCAUAGAUGACACAUGAAGAACACAGAAAACAUUGAUACUUCGAUUAAAAUCAUUUUAAUUCCUCAGCUAGACUUUACACCAGAUUUUAGAUGUCUGCUAAAUUUAACAUGCACCAAGUAUUUAAAGCCUGCAGUCAGUUAGCACUGCAUGACAUUAAUUUUAUAAAUCAACAUUUAGUCAAGUAGAUUAAUUAAAGGAUGAACAAAUUGACUUUUAAUUGGAAUAUGCAGCAUGUAUUUAGCACAUGCAGUGACGUUCAUAAGUAUGUAUGACAUGUUCAUUUAAGAUGCUUUUAUGAUUAUUUAUUAAAUAUCAAUGCUUUUAUUCCAGUGAUGGUUUUUAGUUAUUUAGGGACAUUUUGAAGCUCAUUGGCAUACCUGACCCAUUAAAAAGACACUGCAGCACUUUUGGCUAUUAUUUAUUUAUUUUAUACCUUACCUGAUCUUUUACCUUUGCACAGGUACACCUAUACUGUGUCGUUUGGCCAGUUUUUAUUAU